UUGAUUGUCUUAGGUUGAGAUCGAUCCUAUAUAAACUCAACAGAUGUACUUGCUCUCAACAAUAAUCCCCUUCGAUCAAGCAUUUACAAGAAUCUCGAUCAGAAUGGACUACUACUCAAAAGGGUAUUCGAACUCCAAGCCGAAUCAGCAGGGAACAACAAACUACGGCAACUCCUACAAAGAAAACAACGCCCAAUCAGCUGCUUCAUCGUAUUACAAUGGAUCUGCAUCCAAGGGUAGUUCGACUGGCAGGAUGCCGGAGCAGCAAAACUCAGAUCAUCAGUACUACAUUAGCAGCAUGAGCAGCAAUCACGGCCAACAGGGAGGUGGUGGAGCGGAGAACAGCACCUACACAAGCAAGAGCAUUAGGACGAAGAAGUUCCCGUCACUCAACGGCUGAAGAAUUGAUUUGGCAGUGCUUGUGGAAGAACAAAAUAUGCAAAUUCUUACCAUAUACAAAUAGCAUAGUAAGCGUGAAGAAAAUAAUGUCAGUGUUCAUGAGUCUUCAGGCGGUUCAUCAGCAUGUAGUUCAUUAGUAUAUAUGUACAUUUUUUUGCGUCGAUGCGUGUUCGAUUUGUUCAUAUUAUGUUCAUUCAUUAAUUGUUCGGUCAAUAUACAUAUUGUAUACAGGGUCUCAAAUAAAAUGAAUGUAUGGAUGGCAUGUCAUUGUAUCUAUGUGUGAAAAAUUGUUGUUCAAUCAAUUAAAUUCA